AACAGGCGUAAUAAACAACGACCCUUUCAGUAGAACAGAAGGGGGCAGAAGAGGGUGGUGGAGUUAUUCAACACGGAAAAUACCUGUUUGGUUGGUAAAUUUCUUCAGUUCUAUUUAUAAAGCAAAUCUCCUUUUAGAUCUGUUUCAUUUUCAAAACCUUCUUCACGAUCUCUCAAAACUGAGGGCAACAGCCAAACGAGUCACACUCCUUUCUACUCCAUCAAACGAUUUUUUUUACCGAUCCGUCCCAUUGGUGCAUCAUGUGCUAUGCUUAUGCGGCUGACUUAUCUACUGUAUGCUGAUAGUCAAUAAGCUUUUCAUGUACAAUGCAAGAAUGGACUAGAAAACUCUGGCGUGAAGAGUAACUUUGCUUAGAAUUUGUAGUGCAAGCAUGGUGCUUAAUAAAGUUACAGAAAUGUUUUCCGCUGCAGUGGCUCGUUUUUCGAACCCAAAGACGUCUAGCACUCCAUAUCCAUCAUCGGGGUUACCACCUCUGCCAGGUUCACUUAAUAUUUCUAGCUUAGAUCAGAAGAACAAGUUGAGACUUUCCUCAUCCCUUCAGGAUCUUUCUGCAUACCGGCGGCUUGAUCUGGAAGAUGGUGAUCUUAACCCUGAAAUAGAGAGGGGUUCAACUAAUUUAAAACGGCUAAAUCUUUUCAAGAGAGAAAACUUGGGUACAAGCUUCUCCAAGGUGAAGGGGUCACCAGCAGUCAAUUCUGCACGAACGAAAUGGAAGCGAGUUAUCUUAGUUCUCCUCUGCUUGCUAUUGGUUGCAUUUCUCCUAUAUAUGUUAUUUUUUUAUCUUAAUUUAUUCCGCGGAGAGUCAAAGUUUUAUGUUGUGCUUGAUUGUGGUAGCACUGGGACUCGUGUUUAUGUAUAUCAAUCAUCCCCUAACUAUAAAAAAGAUAGCGAUCUCCCUAUUGUAUUGAGAUCAUUGCCAGAGGGUUUCCAGAGAAACUCAAGAUUACAGAGUGGACGGGCUUACAACAGAAUGGAGACGGAACCUGGAUUUGACAAAUUGGUGCACAACACAUCUGGAUUGAGAAAAGCAAUCAAGCCACUAAUUAAGUGGGCAGUGAAGCAAAUCCCCAAGCAUGCGCAUAAAUCUACUUAUCUCUAUCUUUAUGCUACAGCUGGAGUCCGCAGGCUGCCAAAUUCAGAUUCAGAAUGGCUUCUCAACAAUGCUUGGUCCAUUUUAAAAAGUUCGCCUUUUACGUGCAAGAGAGAAUGGGUCAAAACUAUCACUGGCAUGGAGGAAGCCUAUUAUGGAUGGAUAGCUAUGAAUUACCACACCGGUAUAUUGGGGGCAAAACCUAAAAAAGGAACAUUUGGUGCUCUUGACUUAGGUGGCUCAUCGCUGCAGGUUACUUUUGAGAGCAAGGAAAAUCUCCCUGAUGAAACUAGCUUAGAGCUGAAUAUUGGUGCGGUUAAUCAUCAUCUUACUGCUUAUUCCUUAGCAGGAUAUGGCCUAAAUGAUGCUUUUGACAAGUCUGUAGUUCAGCUUCUCAAGAGCCUUCCCAAGAUCAGUAAUGCAGAUCUCACCAGUGGAAACCUUGAGAUCAAGCAUCCGUGUUUGAAUUCUGGUUACAAGGAGCAAUAUAUCUGUACUCAU